AUGCCCGCUCGUGGCGACCGCAGCGCCCCCGUCUUCCGUCAGGCCUCCGACCUCCCCGGCUACCUCGAGGAGCUCGAGCGCCUUUUCACCGAGCACAACAUCACCGACGAACGGCAGAAAAUCGAUCACGCCAUCCGGUACCUCCCAUACGACGAAGCGCGCAUCUGGCGCUCGGCCGAAGCGUUCACGGACGUCACAAAGUCCUAUGCUGAUUUCCGCAAGGAGAUCACGGAUCUCUACCCCGGUACCGCGCUCGAAGGCCAAGCGACGCGCGCCGAUAUCGAGUCCCUCGUCUCCGCCCGCGCCGCCACUCCCAUCCGCACACGCACCGAGCUCGGCGAGUACAACCGCCGGUUCAAGGUCAUUGCCGACGAUCUACGCAAGAAACACAACGGCGCCCUCUUCUCUGAGAACGACGCAAACGACCUCUUUCUUCGCGGCUUCACCGGCGACCUUCGUGACCGCCUCCUCCGCUGCCUCCAAACCGCGCUCCCCACGCACAACUUCGAGCUUGCCUAUCCGCGCGCCACCGUCUUCAAGGAGGCCGACGCGAUCCUUUCUGGUCAACGCGGUCCCACCACGCUCUUCACCUCGGCCCCUCCCGCGACGCUCAAACAGGAAGAUAUCGCCACCGCAGUCCGGUCUGCGGUCGACGCGCGGAUGUCCUCGGUCGAGAAUCUUCUCACCGUGUUCAUUUCGUCGUUCGGCACCGCGGCUGGCGCACGCUCUCAGGCCGGCACCGCAUCGAACAGCCCGCAGGCCCCCUCGCUCUCACACCCCUCCGACCUCUCGUGUCUCUUCUGCGGCGGGCCCCACCUCAUCCGCAACUGCGAGGUCGUCCUCGACUACAUCAAGCAAGGCAAAGUCAUGCGCAACGGCGACGGCAAGCUGGUUCUCCCCAGCGGUGCGUACAUCCCGUCCAGUCGCUCCACGCCUGGCGCCACGAUGCAGGCGCGGGCCGGUCGCGUCAUCUACCCACCGAAGGUUCCCCGUCCCGCUGGUCAUACGGGCACCCGCAACGUUGCGCCCAUUGAAGAAGACCUCGUUGUCGGCCGGCUCGUGGAUGACAUCCUCGACGCUCCACUCCCCAACGUCACUGGUCGUCAGCUCCUCGGCGCUUCUUAUGCUGCGCGUCGCGAGCUCGCUUCCCGUAUCACCCCGCGCAAGGUCUCCGCCGAUCCCGACAGCACCACGGCUCUCUUCUCGUCCGGCCCUCCUCCUAGCCUCGACUUUGAUUGCGAUGACUGCGGCGGUGUGCACCGACACGUCUCGGCCUAUCCGAUGCAGCGCCUGCGCGUUCUGCGCCCGCUCAUUGCCAACGCAGUCAUUGCCGAGUGCGUCAUUGAUUCCGGCUCAGAGGCUGUACUGAUGCGCAAGGAUGUUUGGCUUGCGACCGGCUUUCCGCUCUACGAGGACGACGCUAUCUCGCUUACAGCUGCGAACUCAACCACCACGCGCACGCUCGGCGGCCUCCGCAACGUACCCUUCAAUAUCGGCGGCAUGGAGGUCUAUCUUCAAGUACAAGUUAUCGAGGACGCGCCGUGGGAGGUCCUGCUCGGGCGCUCCUUCCUCACGCACACCUCCUGCAUCACCUCGGACAAGAUCGACGGCUCCUCCAUCCUCACUCUGACGAACCCCGAGACCGGCGAGCGCAUUCGCGUCCCCACACUCGAGCGCCCGGUCGCUGUUCCUCCGGCUCGCAAACAGGGUUUUCCAUAA